AUGAGGUUCUAUCGUCCAAUCUUCCUAUGUGAGGUGGAAGGGGCCGCGGAGACGCAGGUUGUUAUUCAAUUGACCCAAGGCAAACAUGAGGAUAAUUCUGUGAUGACGGUUAACGAUGUUUCGGGCUACAAGCCUAAGGCAAGCCCACGACUCGUCGAUCGAUGGCUGGAUAUCGUUGUGCGAGUAGCGGGCUCUGCCCCCGUGUUCCUCUUGAUCAUCGGCGGUUUGCUCGUGUGGGCCUUGAUGGGAAUACACUUCGGCAACUCGGACGUGUGGAUUGCUAUCAUCUCUGAUGUGCAGGCUAUCCUGUGUUAUGUAUUCGACUCGUUCUUGAUGCGACAACUUCUUCGGGAGUACUCCGAGCAACGCACGGUAAUGGCUGAAAUUUACUCUCGCUCCAAUAGCAAUCACCGAAUGCUUGCUGAGCUCAACAGAAGGCUGGGACCGGAGGCCACUCGUGGUAUCGCCGAGAUGUGCAAAGACGAGCCUCUGCAUCCACUUGACCCACCUGUCGAAACUCAAACUCUGUUUGCUCGGUGCAUGAUCUUCUCGGCGAAGUGGUUCGGUCACCUCAUCACUGUCGGCAUUUACUGGGUGUGUAUCAUCAUCUGGUUGGGGUUCGGUCACAGCUGUGGAUGGUCAAACCGCUGGCAGCUGUAUAUCAACGAUGCCACUUCAGCUCUGAUGAUUUUGGUGUUUGCUUUCCUGGCUUCUCUUCGUGAAUGCUAUGCUGAUUAUACCAAAACUUGUGUUGAUGCAAUCUUCAAACUGGAUGCGACGCUGGAACUGGAACUCCGCCGCCUUAAUCAUGACGAGCUCCCAAACCCGACCGAGGUCAUUCUGCCGCGCAAAGAAAGCUACUUACAGGUGGUUGUCUAUUACUAUGCCGACGUAAUUGGCACACUGGUGGGUAUCAUUAUCCUCCUGUUGGUCAUCUUCACCUGGGCUGGUGUGGGUCCUGUCUUCAACUUCAACAACACUUGGUGGCUGCUCAUUGGCACCUAUGCCGGGUUAGUUGGUCUUUUCGACAGCUUUGUCCUCCGGAACAUCCAAGGAAAAGUCCACAAAUCCAUCAGCAGUCAAAUAAGCCGUGUGGAACAAGGGGAUAAGGCAAUAUUUGCCGCCCUCUUCAUGCCGGUGCCUUCAGCCAACGAUCUAAAGCGCCCAUCCUUGAGCCGCCGUGUAUCGCGAUACAUAGAUAAGAUCAGCUCCCACCUGCUAAUGGUGCUCGCUGGUUUCCUUCUCACCAUCGGCUGUAUCAUAGCUUCGAGCGCAAUGCACUGGAGCUUGACGGGCCAGUUGAUAUCAAAUGUCCCUCCUAGUAUCAUCGAGACUUUCUUCAUGCUCAUCCUGAUCACUGGUCAAAAUGAUGCAGAAGCUAAAUCUCGCAUUGACUUGACAAGCGCUUACUACCGGCGACAGCGGCUGCUUUCAUUCGUGAAGCACGCACGGGGCCUUUGCACACCUGAACAGUUAUGUGAGGCUUAG